UAUUUAGACCUCACCAUGGCAACUACAGUCGUCUUGCCCGACCCCGUCCACCAGCAAAUCUACUCUGUUCUCAGCCCGCGGCGCGGCGAACUGCCAUCUCACAUUAUCGAGACUAUAUCUGGCAACAUCAAUUUCCUACUCAAAUACACAACGGGCUUCAAGGUGCUCGCCUCGCAAGUCUCCGUCAUCGUCAUCGACGUGCGGGGCCCCGACAACAGCGAAAUCGGACACAGGGCCUCGGUCUGCGUGCACGGCGGGCCCGGCAAAUUCAGGGUCGUGGUCAGCAAAGAGGUGAAGUGGGGCCAGAAUGUUGUUGUAGGCCUCGGUGAGAAGGUGGAUCAAGCUGUGAGAGCCAUUUUGGACGGUGAGGGGAACGAGGGGUAUGGCGAUUUGUGAGGCAUCGAGUGAGAUGGGAUGGGAGGGGAGAAGGGGAAUGGGGAAUGGGGCAAAGAAAAGAAGAAAUGAAAAACAAAAAAAAAGAGGCGGGGAAAGAGAAGGAAGAGAAGAACAAGGGAAGAGCAAGGGGCAAACGAACGAACAAACGAACAAACGAACAAACGAAUGAAAC